GUGCCUCUCAGUCCUCUCGUCGGUGCCACUGUUUUCCAGCAUCACGCGUGGAGAGUUGGAGAACAUCAUCGAUGCCUUGAAAAUGGAGAGGCGACCGAGGGGAGACAUCAUCAUCACUCAAGGUGAAGUUGGCGAUCAUUUCUACAUUGUCUACGAGGGCCAGGUUAUGGCAUCCAAAGUCACCGAGGAGUCUGCAGACCCCGUGAUGAUGGUCCACGAG